CUCAAAGAGACCACAGUCUACUGUCCACUCCUUUUUAAUCCAUGCCUCUAUCUACCAAUCAAAAUUCAAAACCCAAAAGAACCACUUCCCUCCACCCUUUUUUAAUCACAAUAUUCUCCCAUUUUGUCCAUCUCUCUCUCUCCCCCUCAAAGUUGGGGACUGGUUUAGCAGGAGUUCAAUAUAAUCUAAUAUUUGUUCCUGGUUAGGGAAGUCAAAGAAUGGCGCAAAUCUUGGCCCCCUCAGCACAAUGGCAGAUGAGAAUCUCGAAGAACUCAAUGGAUUCAAGCCCAUUGACAAACAAGGUGGGGAGCUCAGUGGUCCUCAAACAAACCAAGAAAGGGGCCGUUAAAAGCUCAGCCAAGUUCAGAGUUUUAGCCGUCAAGUCUGAAAACAGCACUAUCAACCGCCUGGAACAGAUGCUGAACUUGGACGUUACUCCAUACACGGAUAAAAUCAUUGCUGAAUAUAUUUGGAUUGGAGGAUCAGGAAUUGAUGUCCGUAGUAAAUCAAGGACCAUUUCGAAGCAUGUGGAACACCCUUCCGAGCUUCCAAAGUGGAAUUAUGAUGGAUCGAGCACAGGACAGGCCCCUGGAGAAGAUAGUGAAGUCAUAUUAUACUCUGGCUUUGCAGCCCACAAGCAAUUUUCAAGGACCCGUUCCGUGGUGGCAAUAACAUCUUGUGUUUUGUCCCGAUUUUUCAUCUGUGUCCCUCUUCCUUUCUGUUACACAUUAAGAUUCCAUCAUGGUAAUUUAGUUCUCGGGGCUUUUGUCCCCUGGGUCAUAUGUGAUACAUAUACCCCAGCAGGUGAACCCAUACCAACAAACAAGCGCUAUAGAGCUGCCCAGGUUUUCAGUGACCCUAAGGUUGCUGCCGAAAUUCCAUGGUAUGGCAUAGAACAAGAGUACACAUUACUCCAAACUAAUGUCAAAUGGCCACUCGGAUGGCCCACUGGAGGUUACCCUGGACCUCAGGGCCCUUAUUACUGUGGUGCGGGAGCAGACAAGUCGUUUGGGAGAGAUAUAUCAGAUGCUCACUACAAAGCUUGCUUAUAUGCUGGCAUCAAUAUUAGCGGUACAAAUGGAGAGGUUAUGCCUGGCCAGUGGGAAUAUCAAGUUGGUCCAAGUGUUGGAAUUGAAGCUGGUGAUCACAUCUGGUGUUCAAGGUACCUUCUUGAGAGAAUUACAGAACAAGCUGGAGUUGUACUCUCUCUUGAUCCAAAACCAAUAGAGGGUGACUGGAAUGGUGCUGGAUGUCAUACCAACUACAGCACCAAGAGCAUGAGAGAAGAAGGUGGAUUUGAAGUAAUAAAGAAAGCAAUUCUAAACCUUUCUCUUCGCCACAAAGAGCACAUCAGUGCUUAUGGGGAAGGAAAUGAAAGAAGGUUGACUGGAAAGCAUGAAACUGCUAGCAUUCACAAGUUUUCCUGGGGUGUUGCUAACCGUGGUUGCUCAAUCCGGGUGGGACGUGACACUGAGAAAACUGGCAAAGGUUAUUUGGAAGACAGGCGCCCGGCUUCUAACAUGGAUCCUUAUGUGGUGACUUCAUUACUUGCCGAAACUACAAUCUUGUGGGAGCCCACACUCGAAGCUGAGGCCCUUGCAGCCCAGAAGCUAUCUUUGAAUGUCUAAACGAACCAUCAGUGUUCAAAUUUGUGCUAGUACUUGAGCUCAGAUUUAGAAAUUAUUGUUGAUGUUUUUACUGUUAGAUCACCUUUUGAGAUUCUGCUUUGAAAAUAAGGGACUAACAUGAGCUUUCAUCCACUUUAUGCUCAUUUUGCCCCUCUAAAGUUUCAUUGUUGCAGUUGGCAUUCAUGGAUACCUUGAACAAUUGUAAGCCAUUUUAUUUUUCCAUUCAUUUAUGCAUUUUUAGCAUCUUUUAUGAAUGAGAAAUUAGUUUUUAUUAA